AUGUCAACUACAAAUCUUGAACAGAAUGAAUUGAUUACUUGUGAUUUAUGUAAACGACGUUAUAACAUAAAUGUUUAUAAACGACAUAUAAAUGAAAAUCAAUGUAUUAAACGAAAUCAGCGUCGUUUACCAUUUGAAUCAAUAAAACAACGAUCAAUUCGAAUUGGUGAUAAAAUAUUUUCUAUUCAACAACAAGAAAAACAACAGAUAAAUAAUGAUGUACAAUUAUCAAAUAGUCGAGAGAAAAGAAAACAACAAAUAUCUAAUAAUAACAAUAAUAAUAAUAAUAAUAAUAAUAAUAAUAAUAAUAAACAAUAUCAAGAAAAAAUUCAAAGAAUUACACCAUCUAAUAAUCAUCGACGAACACUUGAACAAGCUAAACAAUUAUUAGAACGACGAACUAAAUAUAAACCACCAUGGAUUCAAAAAAAAUCGAAUUUUACAAAUGACCUUCAAUUAAAACUAAAUCGAACUAAUACAACUUUUCUCCAAACACCGGAUAAAUCUAAUAAGAUAAUAAAUCAAAUUUUAUCACCAAAAAAAUCAACACAAAAAUUAUAUUCUCAUACACGAACAUCUCCGCCAACAACUAAAUUUAAAAACGAUAACUUACCAAUUAAAGUAUCGGAUCGUUACACGCACAAUUAUAUCGCUUCUCAACAACCGAUUUUAACUCAUUCGCCUAAAAUACGUGUAUCUCAAGCAACAACAACAUCUAAAUACCAUCAUUAUCAACCAAAUCGUGUUGAUCAAACAUUUUCUCAUGAACAAAUUAAUUCUGCUCGUCAAUCAAUGCGAAAAGCAUAUACUUGGACACGUUCAUCAAAACAAUUAUCUACUCGUGAUAUGAUUUCACCUAUACAAAUUCCAACAUUUUGUGAAUCAUCAUCAGGUCCUUCUCAUGGUCAUAUACCAAUACUCGUCAAUCAAAAUUAUGAUGAUGAUGAAUUUGAACGUUAUAGUCCAACACCACCAUCAACACCAAAAUAUCAACAAGAUAAAAAAGAAUCAAAAAAUAUUUCACCACAUAUUAAACAAAAUUUUAUUCUUCAUGAACAACAGACAUUUAUACGACCAGCUACAUAUCAGAAAGCUAAGAGAUCCAAACAACAACAGCAGAAUGAAAGUAAAUGA